CGCUGGUUGGCUGGCGGCGGGCGGAAGUCGGAGGGUCGGUGGUCGGGAGGCGCUGGCUUGCGACUGGGAGGGGGCCGCGGCCGGCCUGCACUGAGGUGGCCCGCCCGGCUCCGGCGCGCAGAACCUUCGGGAGCAGCCCCCCGCCAGGCCGGCCCCUUCCCUCAGGCUCUCUCCGCCCGAUUUCGCCGUUAUGUGGGAAGCGAAUCCGGCACUAAUUAGUACUUGGGAGGUUGCUCCUGGGUAACCCCUAAGCUGACGCCAUCUCGACCUGCAUGCAUUCUUCUAGACUCCCACGGAUGCCCGUACCAUCUCACGCUGGAUGCCGGCCUGGCGUUGGGCCCCUAGAGCCAUGGAGCUUUCUACCCUGGUCUCGAGUCUACCCCACUGCCCAUCCUCAUUGUUCCUUGUCAGAUACCUCCCAGCCAGCCAACUUUCAAACAUGAAGGAAAAAUCCAGGAAAUAAUCACAAAGCGUCCCUUGGAGAGCGUUCCCAAACAUGAGUGAAAAAUAACGCGCCCCUGCACUCAGCUCAGGAGAUGUUUCACAGAGCAGAGGAAUUCCUACCCAAAAGGACAGAUAACGACAUGGACGAGAUGGACACGUCGGAUACGCAGUGGGGCUGGUUCUACCUGGCCGAGUGUGGGAAGUGGCACAUGUUCCAGCCGGAUACCAACAUUCAGUGUUCAGUUAGCAGUGAAGAUAUCGAACAAAGCUUCAAAACAAACCCUUGUGGCUCCAUAUGUUUUACCACUUCCAAAUUCAGCUACAAGAUAGACUUUGCAGAGAUGAAGCAAGUGAACCUCACCACGGGCAAGCAGCGCCUAAUCAAGCGGGCUCCCUUCUCCAUCAGUGCUUUCAGUUACAUCUGUGAGAACGAGGCGAUCCCCAUGCCGCCGCACUGGGAGAACGUGAAUACCGACGUCCCCUACCAGCUUAUUCCUUUGCACCAUCAAACACAUGAAUAUAAUGAAGUGGCUAGUCUUUUUGGGAAAACAAUGGAUCGCAACAGAAUUAAAAGAAUUCAGAGAAUUCAAAACCUAGACUUGUGGGAGUUCUUUUGCAGGAAGAAGGCUCAGCUCAAGAAGAAAAGAGGCGUGCCUCAGAUCAACGAGCAGAUGCUCUUUCACGGGACCAGCAGUGAGUUUGUGGAAGCCAUCUGCAUUCAUAACUUCGACUGGAGGAUCAAUGGCAUUCACGGUGCCCUCUUUGGGAAAGGGACCUAUUUUGCCAGAGAUGCUGCUUACUCCAGUCGCUUCUGCAAAGAUGACAUCAAGCACGGAAACACCUUCCAAAUUCAUGGUGUAAGCUUUCAACAGCGGCGCCUACUGAGGGCAUAUAAGUCUAUGUUUCUUGCCCGAGUGCUAAUUGGAGAUUACAUAAAUGGGGAUUCCAAAUACAUGCGACCCCCUUCCAAAGACGGGAGCUACGUGAAUUUAUAUGACAGCUGUGUGGACGACACUUGGAAUCCCAGGAUCUUUGUGGUGUUUGAUGCCAACCAAAUCUAUCCUGAGUACCUAAUAGACUUCCACUGACUUCACUUCCAAAGCCCAACAGUCAAGGACGUUUUCAUCUUCUUCUUCUUCUUCUUCUGUUUUUGUUUUUUUAACAAGAGGAUUUGCUCUCCUGUCAUCUAGCCACUAACUGUUAUUUCUCUGACACUUUUGAAACCUGUGGAAAAAGUGGCCUCCAUAUAAACAGACAUAGUGACUUUAAGGUUCAUUUUUCUGAUGUUUGGUUUCUGUCCAUUACUCCAGGUCAUAUUUGUUAAAAAAGAAAAAAAAAAGAUCGAUACCAUUGCCAUGUUUAACACCAAAGCGCAGAGGUACCUCUUAAAAGUGGGGCAGCUAAAUCUCGGUGAACAUGGUCCUUCCAAAUUCAUGGACUUGCCGUGUGUGUUGCCAGGAUAAACGUGUCCAGUUCAGACAGAUGUUAGGCAUAUGUUCUAAGAUAAAUAGGUGUAUCCCUUCAUGGAAUGUGGCAAUUUGUGUGUGUGUGUGUGUGUGUGUGUGUGUGUGUGUGUGUGGAGAGAGUUGCAUUCUUUUAUUAUCAUCUGUCAGACAGUAUGUUGCUUUGUGGGACUUUCAGUGGGAGCAUUUGAGAGCCUUGGAGCCGUCCAAGUGCCCAGACAGAAAUCAGAAAUAAGAAAAUCAUUUGCAGUGUCACCUGACGAGCGGAAGGAGGAAAUCAUGGUAAAAAAAAAAGCCUGUGCACAGCUGUCCACCUCUCACCUGCCUGGCCCCUCUCCAAUCUCCCCGUCUGGGGUGACAGAUUUGGUGCUUGUCACCUGCCUGUGGCACACCAACAGGGCCUCCGAGAAUGGCCGCACAAGUUACUGCACUUCAAAGACAGCAUUUUUCUUUUAUUUCUCUUUUUAAUUUUUGUAAGCAUGGAUUGGCCUUGUGUUUCACAGUUCCCACAAUGAUGACUUCAAAAAUUUUGCCUAUUCUCUCACCCCGCACACACACACACACACACACACACACACACACACACACACACACACACACACACACCCCACUAUCCACCCAGGACUUACGGCAUUCACAUUUCUUUAGGUGGUUGCUGUCCAUUUUGGGUCACUGUCAAAUGCAUGGGCUACUUGUCUGAACUGAGUCCGAUUUGUUCUUUGAAAUCCUGACUGUCAAUCUGCUUGAAAAUGAAUGUGAUGUAUAGCCCUGUUGAAUGAAAUUUGUUUACCUGUUCCAUCUGUUUUUGCUAUUCUGUUGUAAGGAGAACUAAGUCAUGCUGGAACCAACUUUGUGCCCUAACGUGAGUUGAGCAGAAACUGGCAACAACUUUGGCAGAGAUACUGGAGUGCGGGUGUCAGAUGAGGGAUUUCACUGUAGGAUUGUCAAGAGAUUUCACCAUCUUGAUUUUCAGAGAUUUUGACUGAUUCAAACCAAGCACUUAGAGUGAGUCUUCCCCAGCCAGCUUUUUAUUUAAAAACUAAACGUUUUCCCUAAUUAGGUCUAAUACAUAAUUCUCUCUUUAUUCUCUCCCAUUCUGGUGAGAGGUCAGGAGGAUAAUAUAUUAAAGAAAAGCCAUUAAGUGCCCCAUUAAGCCAUUGGGUUGUCCGUUUUAAUCAUUUUUAAUUGGGAAGGCAUCUAGAAAUAACAAAAAAUUAAGAGUCUAAAGCAAGAUUAAGAAUUAAGAUUCUUUAACUGACAUGGAUCCCUAGAUUUUUGGUUUUUUUUUUUAAAUUAUAGUCCAAACCACAUGUAAUUGUACAUUCAGCAGUAAGAAACCCGUAGGCAAGUACAUGGACAAUGGUUGAGACCAAGCAGCAGCAAAGAUUUCCUGACUCAAGUGCUGCAAAUAAUUUAGAAGCAGCAUGUUUUAGAAACAUGUGGAGAUCAUCAAGAAAGAGUAACGGGAGGAAAAGCCAUCAGGUUUUCUUACGAGAGGAAACACACUGUGCCCGCAGUGUUGGAGACGGUGGGAUUUCAGAUCCCGAAGAUCGUUUUUGUCUAUUAUUUACACAACCCCCGCCACCAGCGCCAUGAAACAGUGAAAGACGGCCUCACUUCAGCAUUGCUCUCGCUCCCCAACUGCGCAUGAUUGCUUCUUCCAUCACCAGUGGAAUCACCGUUGUGACCUUUGAGGAUUGCUUUUCUCUCGGACACGUGCGCAUCCUGUCUCGAAGUGACUCGGAGCCCAGGGUGGAGAUGUGCAAAGACAACUGGUACAAACUCGGAAUUUCCGUAACGCACAGGAGCGCAUUGCCGGACACACCGUCAGGAAGGGCAGCAUUUGGGAUUUUCGUCAGCGAAUGUCCCGCCAACUCCCUUUUUCUAGGAGAGUGGAUCUUCAUCAGUUGUCUAACUGUGACUGGGUAGCAUUCAUUGAUGUCAGAAUUCUGAUUUGGGGUGUGGAUCAAGAGACAAGAGACGGAAUUGGGACUCAUCAUCGGGACAUUACACUCGACAACCACGUGUCAUCACAGGGUAUCAUCAGCAGAGGGAGUGAAGAGAAGUCACAUCAGAUUAGUGAAUAAAUGAUUUGAAUUAUUCCAGAUUGAAUCAAGCCUAGCUGAUAAUGACUUUUCUUUUCCAUUUUGGUGAUAGCAGCCUCAGGGGUUUAAAAAAAAACCAGAUGUGUUUAUAAGAAAACCGUUUCAUAAAUCUUGUGGUUCUGAACAGGCAGUUUUUGUAUUCAUGCUGCAUUUCAUUUCUAGACAUUGUUACAGAGGAUGAUAAUGAAUUUGGUGCCAUUUUUGAUAUAUGACUAUAUUGUUUUUACAUGUGGUGAUUAAAGCUUUCCAUGUCAGG